AUGAAAGAGAGAAAAGAAUCAUUUGUCAAAACUAAUGAUGCCUUGAAACCAGUUAGGUUGCACGGCAAAGCAAACAGCGUGCCAUUAGAAACAUUACCAGAAGGCAGAGAUAACCUGCGUGAAAUAAUCGGAUGCCCACCAAACAUGACACUUGCGACAGGAAAUACAUUCGGCACCAAGCAAGAUAAAACACGAAUCACUGUCCUCCUUGCUUGCAAUGCAACAGGUAAUGACAAAUUGCAACCACUUGUCGUCGGAAAAACUGCACGUCCACAAUGUUUUCGUCAAAUGAACAUGAAAUCCUUCCCGUUACUUAUCGUAACAAUCCAAGGCAUGGAUGCGCAGAGAUAUCUUCAGCGAAUGGUUAGCCUCAUUAAACAAAGAGAUGCGUCAGAAGAAUAG